CACAUCUCGACGCUGGCUCAUCAAACGCUCCUGGCAGCUCAUUCGCGUCUUCUGGUUGUUGUCUUUUUUUUUUUUUUGUUGUUUUCUUUUGGCCCGCCGGCUUUUUCAGUUAUUUACGUCUCUCGUUUAAGCCCGACCACUUUUCAUCGACCAUUCCUAUUCCUGAUCACGCCUGGGAUCCCACGAGUAGGAAAUCCCCGCGAACACAGAUCUGUUUUAAUAAACAAGUCUCGUCUCACUUGACAAUCCUGUCACUUUCAAUAUCCAAUCCCGCUCACUCAGGAAAAAACAAAUUCGGUCCCUUUGCGCCCGCGGCCUUGUCUGCCACUGACACAAGCCGACGAUCUCCAACCCUCGACCGUACGAUUCGAUAAAAUUAACGAUCACAUUCUACUAUCGACCUUGGAAACAAUCGGCCAACAUGUCUAAUUCGUUUGGCGGCCUCUUCAAAUCAUUCUGGCAUACAAUGACCAGCUAUGAUAGACAUUCUGGAUACGACUCCCCAUAUCGCACAGGGCGGCACGUUCCCCUGGGCCAGGGAGGCGGCUUUGGUGGCUUGACGUCUGUUGCCACCGCUUCGGAAUCGCGCGCGGACGUUUCUUCACCCUACAUAGAGGACGGCCUCAGGCUUACAAGGACCGGAACUGCCUACGAAGGUGCAUCGUUGUCUUCACCAUCGCUUCUCAGUCCCACUGUCAUCAACAGGCCAUACUCGCCCGGCCUAAGGGGUGAGAGUGCGAAGCGGACUACCGAAGAUGGAUUCGAAAUACAAAGCCCCAGCGGAGAAAUUCCAAUGCAGUCAUUCCAGGACGGCAUGCCUCCCGCACCUCCAGUAUCACACUCGUGGGAUCGCAUCGACAGAUGGGCCGAGGACCAUUAUCCGGAGUUGUACGACCAGGUUUGCGAGGGAUGUACCACCAACGAUUUGAACGAACUCGAGCAUCAACUGGAUUGCUCACUACCAAUGGAUGUCAGAGAGUCGUUGCAGAUACACGAUGGACAAGAGCGCCCUGGUAUUCCUACAGGAAUCAUCUUCAGCGGUAUGUUGCUUGACUGCGAAGAGAUUGUACAAGAGUGGGAAAACUGGAGAAAGGUGAACCACGAGUUUCUGCUGGACACUAGAGUGCCAAGCCCGGCCAUGCCUUCCAAGGCACUUGGCGGAAGCAGCAGUCAGGCAUCCUCGUCCAGAGCAGAGGCCUCAUCUUCGGCAUCCCCGGCACCGAACAGGCCUAUCAACUGGCGGCAGGACCUCCUUUCAAAACAGGAUUGUGUUCCUCCUAACAGCAUUCAGAAAGUCUAUUCUCACCCUGCUUGGAUUCCCUUGGUCAGAGACUGGGGCGGCAACAACCUGGCUAUUGAUCUUGCGCCGGGUCCCGCGGGUACUUGGGGUCAGGUUAUCCUCUUCGGCCGUGACUAUGAUACGAAAUAUGUCAUUGCUCGGUCCUGGUCAGCAUUCUUGGCCACGGUUGCGGAUGAUAUGUAUAGCGGCAAGUGGUGGGUCGAUGAGGACACCAAGGAGUUGAAGCUACGGGAGUUUAAGGCCUCCCGCGUCGAACCGUCUUACUUUGAUAUUCUUCGAUGGCGGACUGAUCAGAAACACGGGCGCCGUGCCGCGCAGAGGAAAUCGAUGGGUCCCGGGGCCUCUGGCGGUGUCUCACCCAAGGUCGCAUCGCCUUACGGUAGCCCAAAGCUUGAGUCUCCCGCCGAGCCCAGAGGACGCCCACUUCAGCGCUUAAGCAUUGGAUCGCCUCUUGUCAGCCCGAACAGGCCAGGAUACGGCAAGAUGAGCCCACUCGCAAGGGUUACAGAAGAGACGUCUCUUCCGGAGGCCGAGCUCGGCUUCCCCAGCAGUCCUCUUGCCAUCAACGAUACGACCAAGCACAAGGAAAAUCUUCUCGAGCUGGAUACCCCACGACCAAGCGUCAGCACCGAGGACAGCAACAACGGCGCCGCAACGAGACUCGAGGCUCUUGAGAACAGCGAGGCGAACGGUGAGAAUGCGAAGGAGAUGAACAGCCCUGUAUCACCCACGAAUGUCUCGACCGUCACGACGGUGACCGAAGUGAAUGGAAAGUCGGUCAAGGCCAAUGGCAAACAACCUGCCGUAACAGAAGAGGCCAUGAAGACGAUCGACAUCUAGAGCGAUUCACUCGUCUGAGAGGGCCUUUUCUUAAAUACGAUUAGCCUCGACAUUUGCCCGCUGGCCCGCGGGGGUUUCGAGAUGUGAAAAAGACGACCAGGUUGACCGGAGUUUGAGGCGUUUGAUUCGAAAGCAAGUUUCUGUUUUAUCGGCUUUGCGUUUUACUUGUGAUUCGCCUAUCAUCACCAUUUGAUACAUACAGCAUUGAGAAGGCAGCGGAGUCCAGCACUACCCUUUCCUUGAUUUUAUCUCUUUUUUCUUCAACAAGCUCUCAGUACUUGCCACACCCCGUUACUGUUUCUUUGGCCAAUAUAAUGACUGACCGGUGGGCCUUGUUGCCUCUCAGGAGGCGGCCACAGAGGCAUUGGGGGUGUUACUGGCUAGCUACUGUUCCUGUAAUAUACUACAAUUAUGGGCUUUUCAAAGCUAGGCCAUGGAGUUUUUUAUGUCUGAUUUUGAGAAGUCUAAUAUAGCCUUGGUUCAUGAGAUUUGUCUGGAUGAAUGGGUAUCCUGAACCUAAGCGGGGAAUAUUAAGGGUUAGUGUUAUAGAGAAGUUUGUGAGCCUUUGUUUCACAGCGUGUGUACAUUAGGCAGGCAAAAUGUCUUGAAUGUCAGUUUCUUAAGUGCGAGAGAAUCCUUAGUUUGUUGAAAGCGCCAAUGCCUAAUUUCUUGUGACUUAUCUAAAGAAAUACUCACGGAUGCCUGUCAAGGUACGUAGGUACCUAGGUAGGUAGGUAGUUAAUUG